UAUGAAGAGCAUGACACAGUUAAAGAAAAUCAGCUGGUAGGUGUUUUUCCUUCAUCUAACUUAAUAUUUUACUUUCUUUAACAACAGACAGACAUUUUGCUGUGUAUUUCAAGAGAUAUUUGGAAAUCUAACAUUUGCUCGUUUCUGCUGAUGCUGUAAUAUAUUAAAUAAUCAUCUAAGAAAUAAUUUGUAUAAAAAAAAAAACCUCUCUUUUAUUACGUUCAUAAGCUUGUAAAUGCACCUAAAUUGCCCGGUAUCAGUGUUUACCUUCGUAAGUUCAUACCCUGUAUAUAUAAAUACAUAACUUUUACCUUUCAUAAAGACACCACAUUCUCUUCAAUCACUCUUGGAUUUUCAAAAAAUUCCCAACUAUAGCUUUUUUUUUAUUUUUAUCUUUUUCAAGACUUUUAGCUUUUUCCUCAGUGAUGAAUACGUUAUUUAUAAUCAUGGCUUUAUGCCUUUUCUCUCAGAAUACCAAACAUGGUAAACAGAAAGCCGUGUGCACGCUUCAGCGGUAUUUUAUUUGUCUGCAAACAAUCACGGAGGCUCCAACAUUUCAAGCAUGUUUGAUUUUCUCAGUGAUGAAUCUUGCGGUAUGUGACAAGCAAGUGCAGCGACGAGAACCAGCCAGUGAGAGUCUGAGAAGAAAUCAAAUUCAUCUGCUGUCAUGUGCUGCAUAUUCCUCAGUCCAGUUUUUCAUCCAUCCAUUUGUGUGGGAUGGCGAUUGAUGGUGAUAUUGUGAUAUUAUGUGGUGUAAAUGCGCACACACACACACACACACACACACACAUUCACGCUCAUAGAUAAAACAUACACACAACGCGGUAAAGAAUUUAAUCUAGGCCGAGACUAUCGAUGCAUGCAGAUGCAUUGAACGCUUUCUCUAUCCCCUCUUCGGUAAAGGUCACCCUAAUGAGUCUAGAGUGGCGGAUUCACCUCAGUGAAAGGAGGACACAAAUGAAAGAUUGAUGGCGGUGAGAUGAGUGGCCUGAUGAAAGUUUAAUCCAGUUACACAGGGAGUGUGCCGCUGCUUGUGUAUGGGUGUGUGAGGUCCUCUCCGAUCCUCUGAAUCGAUCGCUGUGACAUUCUUGCUGGAGCAGCUGUAACUUUUACUCUGUGUGUGUGUGUGUGUGUGUGUGUGUGUGUGUGUGUGUGUGUGUGUGUGUGUGUGCGUGUGUGAUGCGAAUGUGGCAGUGCGGUACACUUUAUCAUCGCCGUUACCGAAUCUCUUUGCUGCCCGAUUCCUCAUUUUUUUUGUAGCAAAUUUAAAAACCACCACUUAGAGUUAACCCGCUGUGUGACAUGAUUAAACUCUUAUAUGUGGAUAUACUAUGAAACAAUUUUAUGAAGAAAAAAAAAAAAACACUUCAGCAGGUUCCCGGCGUGAGAGCGAGGAGGGGAGGGGGCAGGGGGGAAGCAGGGAUUGGAUGGAAAGAGAGAGAGAGAGAAGGAGAGAGUGAAGCGAGGUGAAGUCUUUAAAUCAGUGUUGAAGAGGAGAGGAACAGAUUUAGCAUGAAGCUAAAAUAGGAGCCGCUCUAGACGUGAGUAUUGUAAUUCUCUCUGUUUCUCGCCAUCAUUCGGUUCCUUCUUUUUUCUCUUUUCUCUCUGUUUUUGCAUAAAUAGGCAUAACUGUCCAUAUUACUUCAUUUGCAUUUUCUAAAUUGAUGAAGUUUUUGCCGUUCAGUCAUUUGGAUGGAUGUUUGAGAGAGAGAGAGAGUGUGUGUGUGUGUGUGUGUGUGUGUGUGUGUGUGUGUGUGUGUGUGUGUGUGUGUGUAGCAGGGUGUCUUAUUAUGAGGAUGUGGAAGAGUGUGAGAUUUCUCAGGAACCUCAGCACUAGUGAAGGACAAGGAGAGAGAGAGAGAGACACACCACUGGAUAUAUCUGGCAGAUGUGUAGCGCUUUUAACAAUAGACAUUGUCACAAAGCAGCUUUAGAGAAAUCCGGAUGUAGUUCCCUAAUGAGCAAGUGGUGAGCAAAAUCUCCCAGAGACGACAUGAGGAAGAAACCAUGAGCGGGACCAGACUCAAAAGGGAAGCCGUCCUCCUCUAGCUGACAUGAGAUUAUAAGAUUAUAUAUCAUUAUAGCAUCCAGGAGUAGAAGAGUAAAGACAAACAGUACACAAUGUGUUGAAAGGACCUUCAAUUUGUGAAUAAGAGUAGUGAAAAAAAUGUGUGAUCUUUAGGGGAUCCUCAGGGGUCUGAUUUUGGUUCGCUUGUGUUGCAUUGUCGCUCUUCUUGCAUUAGUUCUUCAAUUUUUUGUGCCUGAUCAUUUGGAGCUGCUUAAAGCCUGUAGUUUAUGAUUGCACCUCUUCACAAUAAUCCAAUCAUAAUCCACUUAUAGUACCGUGACAUGGUGGGCACAGAAGACAGGAACAGAAGCGUGAGGAUCCUCUAAGGAUCACACAAAUGACAUUUCUGUGUCUGUGAGAGAGAGAGAGAGAGAGAGAGAGAGAGAGAGAGACAAAAACAGAGAGAGUGAUGAGAAUGGUUUUUUGCAUGCAUACACAAAAAAAUUGUGCUGAAUUCAUAGAUUUACUAUACAAACCUUUACACCACAGCGCAGUCGAGUUCUCUUAUGCCAUCUAAUAGUAAAAAGAUCUUUAAAAUGUGUUCUUUAGCAGAGAAGAACGUAUCAUUGUUAAUAUGGUGAACUUUUUAGUAAGACAAUUCGUUAACAUUUUAUGGAAGGAGUCUUCAGUGUCAGCGUUUGUCUUGAAGACUUUCCCGAGGCGGAAAACCUCUGAAUGUUACAGAGGCAUUUGCAGUUUCUCAAUAUCUGUGUUUUUUUUUUAAUUAAUUUAUUUUUUUUAUUUUUUAAGUUAUUGGGUGACUGUUUGUAUUUAACGUAACGCAAGUGAUAACAAACGUGAAAUGUAGCCAUAAAGGAUUAAAAAGUACGGUGUGUCGAUCUUUACAUUACAAUACAUUAAAGUUUGUAAUCCCUAGCAAAUUGCAGCGGUGUAAGAGGAAUAAAACACUUCAGGAUGUACUGUUCGUUGCUGAAUAUUUUUCCUGUCAUGGUUUAUUCCUUACUGAAUGCUGUGUGUUGUAUUCUAGAUUUGUAGAUUAGUGUGGCGAUGAUCUUUAAGGAAUAUAAUAACGGCUAUUUACCACAUCAGUCGCGUAUGUGCCAUGAACACAGCCAAGAAUUUCAACAGUUUUCUUCUUGUACUAAGAAACAAAGGGAACAAUUUGGUAUUCCAUAUCUUAUUUAUAACUAUAUAACUCAAAUUCAACACUCGACAAGAACAUGUCAUACAAAGCUGGUGUUUUAUCCAACUUUCCAACACUGAGGAGUGAAAGGCAGGUCGGGUUACUUGAGCUUUCCGGAAGACCAUCAGGAGGAACCUAGAGAUCUUAAUUUAAGCGCUGUGUUGACAUUGAUUGGCAACAUGCUAUCAUAAAUAGCGUCCCCUGUCAAUCACAGCAACACUGGCCCAUCAUGGACGCCCGUGAGCUCAAGAAUGCGGAAGAGGGCGGAUAGUGCUUUCGUCCAAGCGUGUAUCAUCUCGGGGAGUUUUUCCGUGCCACCGUCGCCACUGGCUUGCUCAUUAGGGAUAAAUUCACAGUGAUAAAUUCAAAUAUUUACAAUAUAUUUUUGCGAAUCCAUUUAUUUCUGUAAAGCUGCUUUGUGACGAUGUCCAUUGUUAAAAGUGCUAUACAAAUAAAAUUGAAUUGAAUUGAAUCAUGAGCAGCAGGUCAGUGAUGCGAUGGCUUCACAUGUCUUGGGGGAAGCAUGUGCUAGCCUUCACCAUCGCUGGCUGGUAGCUGUCGUGUGAUAGGUGAAAAAUUGGGAGUGGGUGGGACUUGGCAAAUGACCAAAUUGGGAGAAAAUGUCAGUAAUUGGAGUUUUGAUGUCUUAAAAUAGUGACUUGUACAGAUUUAGAGAUUCAUUUACGUUUGGCAGAAUUCAAUAACUGUUCCUAGACUUCUUUUCCAGGUGUUUUCUGUCUGUUUUCCUAGUAAAAGGAAAUGAAAUUCGUGUCUUAUUUUUGAAAAUUUACUUACGUCUUGGUUUCUCUCCUGCCUUGUUCAUUAGUACAAUUUAUUUCAAGUACAGCAUUAAAAAAAUAGAGUUUUCUGUGGUGUUUUCUCACUCUCACCUCCUCCUUUCUCUCUUUCUUUCUCUCUUUCUUUCUCUUUCCAUAUUAGCUCCCUAAUCACCGUACUGUUUUAUAUUCAGGAACACAUGGAUCCGGUUGCUGGAGGCAGCCUUGACAUUUUAGGGUGUCGGCUAUAUGUGAAGUCACAUUAAUGGCUUUAACACACACACACGCACACACGCACACACACACACACACACACACACACACACACACACACACACACACACGCUCCUAUAUCCUAAGGCUUAUUUAUCAGCUGUUUAAUAAUAGUUUAGUUGAAAUGAGCUUUAUGAGAUGUCGGUGGGAAACAGGACGUGUGUGUGUGUUAAAAGAUGAGCGUUUCUCUUCUACUCUUUAAUUCCUGCUCUUCUUUUCUUCACUGCUGUCCUGGAUUCAGAGAGAGGGAUUUUGCCUACGUAGCACGUGAUAAAGACACACGGAUAUUAAAAUGUCAUGUUUUCCGCUGUGACACGCCUGCCAAAGCCAUCGCCACCAGCCUGCAUGAAAUCUGCUCCCGGAUCAUGGCGGAGCGUAAGAAUGCCAAAGCUAUGGCCGGAGGAUCUCUGCAGGACAGGAGCCACACAGGACUCGAUGUCCCGCUGCAGGCAGAGUUCCCCACACCAAAGACUGAACUGGUGCAGAGGUUUCAGGUCUUAUACGUUGGCAUGAUGCCAGUAGCCAGACCCAUAGGCAUGGACAUUCUCAAUGGUGCAGUGGACAGCCUGAUGACAUCAUCAGCCCGAGACACCUGGAUCCCAGUGUUGCUGAAUGUAGCAGAUGCUACUGUCACUGUCAUCAGAGAGAAGGAGGAAGAGGAAGUCCUAGUGGAGUGCCGUGUGCGUUUCCUGUCGUUCAUGGGCGUGGGGAGAGACGUGCACUCGUUCGCCUUCAUCAUGGACACGGGCAACCAGCACUUUGAGUGCCACGUGUUCUGGUGCGAGCCCAACGCGGGCAGCGUGUCUGAGGCUGUGCAGGCCGCGUGCAUGUUACGAUACCAGAAGUGUUUGGUGGCGCGCCCACCAUCGCAGAAGUCAUGCUCACAGGCCCCGCCUUCCGACUCGGUGACACGCCGUGUCUCCACCAGUGUCAAGCGCGGCGUCCUGUCCCUCAUCGACACGCUCAAACAGAAGAGACCCGUCACGGAGCUGCCACAAUAAUCACACACACACACUCACAUUGAUUCAGCAUGCGUGCACCCAUUCCCAUUACUGUGGCAUCAAAAAACACACUCCGGUAUAAACAGACACACACAGAUCCAUACCACUCAUGCUUCACCUCUAGCAUAAUGUGGCUCCGCCUCCUCUGUGUCAAUCAUGUGUUAUGUGCUAAUCUGCAUGGGGUGACCACACCUCUGUCGCAUGAUACAAGACGCCGCGCACAUUUUAGGAGAAGGCUGGAGCGUUCUCGGGUGUGACAGUCGAUAAAGAUCAAAGUGUGUGUGUGUGUGUGUGUGUGUGUGUGUGUGUGUGUGUGUGUGUGUGUGUGUGCGCGCAUGAAAAGCCAGACAGAUCAAACACUUAACCUCACUAGAGCUUCCUCAGUACAAUCCCAGCUGGCUGUAAGGUGUGUGUGUGUGUGUGUGUGUGUGUGUGUGUGUGUGUGUGUGUGUGUACAUUGCUGCUGCUUCAUCAGAACUACAGCAUCUUUCGAUGCUCUCAUUCACAAAGCAUGCCGUGUAUUUCCUACUUCCUGUCUCACAGUCUUCAUCUUCAUCAGUGACGAGAUGGACAGAGGAGAGGAUAGAUUAAACUUGCUGGACAGAUUUAAAAAAAAAAAAAACAACACGAACAAAUGAGAAAGACAACGCUGUGAUGCUGAGUGUUGCUGUGUAAAUACAGAUCAAAGCUUUUCACCAAAAAGACUGGGUUUGAAAGAGAAAGAGGCUGAUUUUGUAACUCAGUGUGGAGCUGUGGAUGAAAAACUUUAAAAAAAAAAAACCCAUGCUGACGGAUCGAACCCUUCGAUGCCAGUAAGGUGAUGUCCUGUGGAGUUGAGCGGUGGAGUCGCUUCUUUUAUAUUGCCUCAGUGAAGAUGCCUUUUUGUUUCCUUUUAAAGCUUGUUUAUGACUUGAACAUUGUAACACACGAGUGGACGCUGACGUGAUGACAUCAUGCUGAAGAAACAACAAAACCGUUCGCGUGCAUAAGGACGGACUGCUGUUCGGACGUCAAGGGGCUCGGCGUCUGAGCAGUGCUUCCAGGUGAAAGGACGCAGAAUAAGAGACGCUCAUUCAGCGCUGCACCCUCAGCACCAUCUCGGAAGCCAUUUUCAGUGUCUAAAUCAGCGUUUAAAGGAAACCUCCACCCUGAUCGAGCUGCAUAACAAUAUUUAUAAUUAACACGCUGUCUUUAAACGUCUUUCACUUCGUUCGUCGGCAUGUUUCACUUUGGUGAACGAUUUCCUACAUUACCCAUAAUUCCGUUCGACUACCUGCUCAUAGCGGUGCAGUAAAAUUUGCCUGUCUUCAUGUCUAUCUAAAAGGAGCAAUGCAGCGGCGCUUUAGUCUGUCCAGCUCUCUCAAAUAUUUCAAUAUAAACAUAUGCUUCAGGGUGGACUUUUCCUUUAAUAUCUGACAUCAGCUUAUCUGUGAUCUCGCUGCACUCUGGAGUUUGUAGUCCUUCCUGCCGUGUCAGCUGUAGUCCUAAUCUCUUCACAGCGUCAGGGUUCGAGAGGUCACUUGUGUGUGUGAACAGUAUCUAUAUAACACUUUGCAAAUGCAUAUCACAUCAUAAGCUAUGUUUUUUUUUUUUAAGUAUUAUUAUUUUUUUCACUUUUGAGAUUCUUUUAGUAUUUUUUUAUAUCAUUUGCCUCCACGUGUCUUGUGAACACAUUCUGGCCAAACUGUAAACUCGUUGUACGUGUUGUAGAUAAACCAAUGGACAGAAAAAGAGCGAAAGAAAGAAUUUAUUUUAUGGUCUUUUAGAGACACUAGCUGUAUGAGACGGGGUUGUGAGCCGUAAGUGUCUAAUCUAUGCAUUCUUUUAGCUCUGAGGAGGAUUCGAGGAAAACAAAAGAAAAAGAAAAUAAAGAGACACCUUGCCUUGCAUGUCCCGGGACAAUUUCAGAAGAAGAAAUGGACGUUGAACUGACAAGAAAAGAGAUUUUUUUAUUUUAUUUAUUCUAUUUUAUAUCGUAUGUAAUGGUUUCAUUGUAAUCUAUUCUAUGCUCGGACAUUCUCUUCACCGUGGCUUGCACUAAACAGAUCACUCCAUGAUGAGAAAUAAGAAAGAAAAGAAGAAACCGUGAAAUCCACAAUCUUGCACAGUUGCUGUGGUUGUGUUUUUUUUUUUUUGUUUGUUUUUUUAAAUUGCUUUAUCUCAAAUGCAACGAUUUUGGAGAGGGAACUAUUAUCAGAUAUUGUGAAGUGGCUUCAAAAACCCUUCAUCUUAUCUUUGAUUUGUUUUGUUUUUUUUUUCCCCGUAAUUUGAGCCAUACAUUUUUCCCACUGAUCUGAUCUUAAGAUCAUUUCCUUCUUCAAACACAGCUCGUGUGUUGCUUUAAUUAAGCUGUUCUGCACUUCUCUUAUAUAUAUAUUAUUAUUUUUUUUAAGAUAAAGGAUGCACAGUUUCCCCUCUCUUCAUUUGAAGCCGUUUCAGUGUUAAUCAGCGAGCCGUGUUCCGACUGGAACCCAGCCACGGAGGAGCGUGCAGAUUCACGGGAUUUAGUUUGUCGUCUGAUUCAGUAGAGAUGUGAAUUCGUGGUCACUCACGCAGACACACACAGACACACAGACACACACACAGACAGUUGCAUUCUUGUGGAAACAAUGGCUUCUUCUCCUCUACACUACUUUGUACCCCAUACUAAAUGUAAUCUGUUGUGAGAAUAAACGGCAUAUCAAAAAUA